AUGCGCGGCACGAAACGACAUGCGCUAACGACCGACGAGCUCAUGCGCAUGCAAGAGCUGCCCGCGAGAAAGAAAUUCAAGCAGCAGAUCGUGGAUCCUGACCACUCCGACGGUGAAGAGUCUAUUCAAGGACAUGUCGCGGCUUCACGUUCGGAGUCAGGCCCGAGCUCGGAGCUGGAAGGAAGUGAUGGAGAGGAAGAUGCGGAAGGGCAGCGUCUGGAUGAUGAUGAAGAGAACGAAGAGGAUAGCAAAGAUACCGAGAGCUCGGAGGAAGAACAAUACGCACCACCCACAAACUGGGACGAUGCAGACAGUCGCUUCGGCCUAUCCAGAAUGACCGUAGUUUCACGUUCAUCGAAACCUACACAGCCGGAAGCUCCAAAGCCAGCACGGACACGCCCUACAAGUUUCGAGUCGCUGGGCAUAUCUUCAGCACUCCUUAAUGCUCUCACGAAGAUGUCCAUCAAGUCUCCUACGGAGAUCCAGGCAGCAUGCAUACCACCGCUACUAGCAGGCGAAGACUGCAUAGGCAAUGCGAAGACUGGUUCCGGUAAAACAAUCGCGUUUGCCUUGCCUAUACUGCAAAGACUAGCUGUCGAUCCGUACGGCAUUUUUGCUCUUGUCCUCACCCCUACGAGAGAACUGGCAUUCCAGAUCUCGGAACAAUUCGCUGUCCUCGGCUCCGCACUCAAUCUCCGUACCGCCGUAGUCGUUGGCGGCAUGGACAUGAUGGCACAAGCAAUUGAGCUCGGUCACAGACCACACGUGGUCGUAGCGACACCGGGUCGGAUUGUCGACUUGUUGAAGAGCUGUAGCGGGGAGUGGGACCUGUCGAGGAUCAAAUUCCUCGUUCUCGACGAAGCUGACCGACUGCUCACUCCGACAUUUGCACCGGAGCUGUCCUAUCUCUUCGAGACGUUGCCAAAGGAGCGACAGACAUGUCUCUUCACAGCUACCCUGACGCCGGCUGUCGAGACACUAGCGAACACCCCGCCACGUCCGGGCAAGCAAAAGCCAUAUGUCCACCGAAUGACUGAAUCUGUGGAGACUGUCGAGACACUCCAACAACACUACAUCCUCGUCCCCUCCCAAGUGCGCGAAUCCUACCUCUUCUACCUCCUCUGCAAUCCCCCAGAGUCGACCGUCCACCUCCGGCGCGCCCCACCGGAACCCGUCAAGCCCUCCAAGAAAGGCAAAGCCACCGCCCAAGCCAGGUCACGGGCCAAGAAGCCCAAGCCCACCUCAGCCGACGCAGAGGAGAUCGAGCAGCCCCCACCCACGAUCAUCUUCUGCCGGCGGCCGCGCACCGCCGCGUACCUCACCGCGCUCCUGCAGACGCUGCGGAUCCGCGCGACCGCGCUGCACUCGCGGCUGACGCAGCGGGAGCGGCUCAGCUCGCUCGCGCUCUUCCGCGCGAGCGUCGUGCCCGUGCUCGUCUCGACGGACGUCGGCGCGCGCGGGCUCGACGUCGAGGACGUCGCGCUCGUCGUGAACUGGGACAUGCCCGACGAGCCGGAGGAGUACACGCACCGCGUCGGCCGCACGGCGCGCAAGGGCAAGGGCGGCGUCGCGGUGAGCUUCGUGACGGAGCGCGACGAGGAGCGCGUGGGGGAGGUCCUCGAGAAGCUGAACGCGGUCUCGACGGCGAAGCGGCUCGCGAACAUGGAGCUGCACGACUCCGACUUUGGGAAGCGAGAGGAGAUCUAUAAAAUCAAGAGCGCAAAGCGACGGGCGGAUGUGGAGGCUUCACGUUCAUGA